AUGGGUAUCUCCGGUAUGAUUUCCUCCACCUUGGCCGUAUUUCGGCCCAUAGAGCUGAAGAAAUACACCGGUGAGACUUUCGCUGUCGACGCCUAUGGGUGGCUGCACCGCGGUGCUAUUAGCUGUGCCUUGGAACUAGCUCAAGGUCGACCAACAAGAAGAUAUGUCGACAGUGUUUUGCACCGCGUCCGUAUGGUCCAGCACUUUGGUGUUACGCCAUAUCUCGUCUUUGAUGGCGAUUUUCUUCCAAGCAAAGCUUCUACCGAAGCGUCGCGUGCGAAACGCCGAGAGGAAAGCCGCAAGGCUGGCCAGGAGCUCAUGAAUGCCGGCAACCCAAAGCAGGCAUUUGUUGAAUUCCAAAAAGCAAUCGACGUAACCCCCGAGAUGGCAUGCCAUUUGAUCGAGGAACUCAAGAAGCUCGGUCUUCCCUAUAUCGUUGCUCCCUACGAAGCUGAUGCCCAAAUGGUCUAUCUUGAACGCGAGGGUCUCGUCAGCGGCAUUAUUUCCGAAGACUCCGAUCUUUUGGUGUUUGGAGCCAAACGCCUUUUGACAAAGCUAGAUACGCACGGCCGCUGCAUUGAAAUCAACCGUCGAGAGUUUUGCGCCUGCAGAGAGGUUUCACUCACAGAUUUUUCUGACACAGACUUUCGACGCAUGGCCAUUCUCAGUGGCUGUGACUACCUUGAAGGAAUUGGCAACAUUGGCCUCAAAACCGCGUACCGGAUGAUACGAAAACACAAAACAAUCGAAAAGGUUGUCCGCAUGCUGCAGUUUGAUGGCAAAUUCAAAGUUUCUGAAAACUACAUGGCCGCGUUCCGCCAAGCAGAGCAGACAUUUCUUCACCAACGGGUGUUUUGUCCUGUCAAGCAAGAACUUGUUCUUCUCUCAGAGCCGACAAAUGGCCUUGAUGUCGAGGAAAUGUGCUUCAUUGGUCGAAAAAUCGACAAUGAUAUCGCCCGAGGUGUUGCAAUUGGCAGCCUAAACCCUAUGACAAAAGAGCCCAUCAUUUUGCCCUUGUCUCCGGGCAAAAAACGACGGGCAAGCAGCGUCACAAGCAGUGUUACGGGUCCAAGAAGCUCGCCUUCUAUUUCAGCCUUUGCCAACUCUGGAAACCAGCAGCCGUUCGGCAAACCAAUCAACGAAUACUUUGCCAAACGCCGCGAGUCCGCACAGCGGAUACCCCUAGGUGCAAUGGACCCGAAUUGUUUCUCUGUUGACAAACAAGAGGUCGCGGCCUUAACGCAGAAUGGGCUGACACCUCGUGUGUUCCCUCUGCCACGGCCGUACGUGGAUGGUGGCCACACAUCGCUUCACCAGGCCGGACCGUCACGAAAUGGACCAGCCAUUGGAGAAAGCUUACGACUGCGGCGGCGACAAACCGAAUCCUUAUCCAGCCUUUUACAGCUUGGUGCUUCUCCUUCUAAUCCCGCCACCAGCUCCAACCGAAGAACGACAACUUCGACGCUACCUCCGCAUUCGCAGUCCGAAUCAUUUCAUCUGGCUGCCCGGUCUCGGAGCGACACUAUGCCUUCAACAAGGCCACAGAAGAAGGCAAAGCUCUAUUUUGAUGAAAUUAAGGCGCCUGUCCCGUCAUCCAAAGGCUUUGAGCGCAGCAAGUAUUUCCCGGUGACCUUUGAUGCCGUUGCUGCUUCCCCAUCCACAAAGAAGCCAACUCGGCUUACAGAUUCAAAUUUCAUGUCAGACGAUUCAGUCGAAGAAGCCAUGUUAAGUCUACCGGACAUCGUUGAUUGGGAUAUUCACAUGUCCACCAAAUCCGCAAAGUCGACAGUGUCCGUUUUUGAGGACGCACGACCGACGAAAAAUUGUACUGUUGUUCCUGACAGCGACGGUGUUGAGGUCCCGGCCAGCCCAGCCGACUUUAAGAGCCAGCAAACGGAGGACGUGGUCACAUCGCAAGAAGAUAACCCAAUCACUCGUGUAUCACUUGACCGGUUUUCGUACACCGGAGCGUUAAAAUUCGCUCACGGGCUACCAACUCCCGACACAAGCUUUAUAGAAAGCCACGAGAAACCAACGAAGCCGAGUAUCCUCACUCCGCCCUCGUCCAUCUCACAGCGACAGACCAGCCGACAUCAGACCAACGCGCCGAAAAUGAGCCUGGGCGAGCUUGUCGAGACCACAUCGGUAACCCGCUCAGAGCGGCCACGAAGCUCCACCACCAAACGAAUUCGACGAAGUAUGGAGGCUUCGAUACCUAUCAACCCAUCGUUUGUACCCCUUCCACCUGCCGAUCUGGACGAAGUCGCGGCGCUGAACCGUCCUCAAGGCAGCGAAGACCAAAUUGUCCCCGAUAGUGACGGAGAUGACGAUGACGACAACGUCGCCGAACAGAGAGGUCAGCGGGCGCCGGGCGGUCGCUUGGACCUUUCCCGCUUUUUGUGUGCAUAG